AUGGCUAUAGCGGUUAGCAGCCAUCAAAAACUAAGCCACUUGAGUUCUAUAACCUUACCAGGAGAUAUUAUUUUAGGAGGUCUUUUUGAUAUCCAUCUGAAAUAUCAUGAUUUAACUGGUCAAUGCCAUGAGAUCAGUGGCCAAGGUCUGCAGUUAGCUCAGGCUAUGAUUUAUGCUAUACAAAAGAUUAAUAGCGAUUCAAAAUUAUUACCAAAUGUAACUUUAGGCUAUAAAAUUAGCGAUUCUUGUAAUAGUGUCGAUGCCACACUUACUCAAGCAUUAGCAUUCAUUAACGAUAGACGAGAUCCACUUUAUUCCUAUGUUCCUUCUUUAUCGUUGUGUCCUUUGCAUUGCCGAUGUAAUUCUAAGAACACUGAAAAUGAAACGGCAACCAGCAAUUUAAUCAAACAUCCUGUAACAGCUGUGAUUGGAACGAAUGGAAAUGAGCAAUCUAUAGCUACAGCAACAUUGUUUAGCACAUUUAAUAUAGCACAAAUUAGUUAUGCUUCAACAAUAGAUAAGCUAAGUAAUCGAUUAGAUUAUAAGACAUUUUUUAGAACGGUUCCUUCCGAUAGCCAUCAAGCAGCGGCACUUUUUGAUAUUAUCCGUUAUUUCAAUUGGACUUAUGUUGCUUUAAUUGCUAUUGAUGAUGGUUAUGGAUGGGGUAAUGCAUUAUCUAUCGUUCAAGAUAUUCAACCAUCCAUUCUCGAAGGUGGAUAUGUUAUUUCAUUGGAAAAUAAUUAUGAUCCUCAAUUUUAUUCUUAUUUAACGACUCUGACUUCUGAAAACGAUAUAUUUAACGCACGGUUUGAAAUAAAUUGCAGUAAUAGAACUGGAAAUUCCACGCUUAGCGAUAUGUUAACAUGUCAUAACGAAGAUUUAUUCUAUCAGAAUGAUGGUAAAGCAGGAUAUGUCAUUACAGCAGUCCAAGCUGUAGCUCAUGCAUUACAUGCCAUACUGAAUUGUACUGAUAAAAGCUGCGAUGAUAUAAAUUUCAAUCUAUUUCCAGCAGAUAAAUUGAUCCCCUAUUUGUAUAGAGUUUAUCUUCAAAAUAGUUCAUCACCCAUUUUUAACAGCUAUGGUAAUGGAAUUCCAUAUUACGUGAUUAAAAAUUUUCAACGAAGUCAUCAAGGUGAUCAAUUAAAACUACUUGAUGUCGGUUACUGGAAUGGAUUAUCCGAGGAAUGCAAUAAAAAUAAACAGAGUAAAUUGAUCUGUCAGAGUCCAAAAUUAGUUAUUAAUAAGGAAAAAAUUGCAUGGUUUAGUAAUACUGCUAAGCCAGCCAUACCGUUAUCCAAAUGCAGCUUUGAUUGCCUUGCAGGUACUCGACGAGUUUAUGAUCUCGGAAAUGUUUGCUGUUGGAAUUGUGUAGCCUGUGAUGUAAAUCAAAUUUCGAAUAAAACGAAUGCUGAUGUCUGUUUUGAUUGCUCAAAAACGGAAGAGCCUAAUCCUGAUAGUACAAGUUGUAUUGCUAAACCAGUUACUCAUGUUCAACCGAAAGAUGUUUUGGGUAUUGCAAUCAUCGCUUAUUGCGGUUUGACAGUAUUCAUUCUUCUAUGCAUUUGGAUUAUUAUUAUUAUCUAUCGCUCAGAAAUGAUUUCCAAAACUUGCACUACAUACUAUAUUUUAGAUAAUUUCUUAUUAAUUAGUAUUUUAGCUGUUAUUAGUAACACCAUCACGAUGAUGCAACCCAUUACUGUUAAUUCAUGCAAUGGGGUAUAUUUCCUAUUAUUCUUGAGUAUAGCAUUUUUAACCGUUGUCCUUAUGACAAGAAUACUACUUUUAUGUCGUUUAUCACUAGUAAAAUCCACUUGGUGUCAGUUAUUGAAUGAUAAUUCAGUUGCUAUUUGGUUGAUGAUUAUGCUGGCUCUAUUAGCUCUGCAAGCUAUUAUAUUCUUUAUGAUCCAACAGUUUCUCCCAGUCAGUGUUUCCAAAUUUGUUGCUUCCCCUCAAAUAAUUUAUAACUACUGCUCUAAUAGGCAUAUCAUACGGUUUGCUGUUGCUUUUGCAGUACUAGGUGUAUUGAUAAUAAUAGCAAUAGUAUUAGCUAAGAAAGCUCCAAAGAUGGCCGAAGAAUUUAUAGAAUUACGAUGGACCUUUAAUGCGCUAGUUGUCAUCAUGUUAAUAUGCAUUGGAAUGAUGCCUCCUUAUUUAGUUUUACGAGGUCCUAUGCAAGUUUGUGCAAUAUCUUUAGGCACGACCACAAUGGCAUUGAUUACACUUGUUAUUAAUUUUGCUUAUAAAAUAUAUCAUUUAAUAAGAAAUUUUAAGAAAUCAGUUACCGUUAGAAUCAAGCCUAGUGUACUGAACAAUCAGCAAAAUCACGCAGCCAAAUUGAAUAGGAAUAGCAAUAUGGGUAUCGAUAAUCACAUAUUUGUCGUCAAUACUCAAUCUAUCGAUUCAGCCACUACUGAUUUAUAG